CGCCCAACUUCAACUAGUGUUGGAGGGUGGGUGAUGUAGAUUGCUGACCGCAGGCUAUAGUUUGGUUUGAGUGUGAGAGUUUAUGAUUAAUGUUGAAUGUUGUGUGACCACCACACUGGAGUGUGAUGAAAUAAUUGUGGUCAGUGUAGUUCUAUUUUUUCCCAGGAAGAACAAGAGUAAAAAAUUAUAUUUGUUUUCGUAUAAAAAGGGCAAACGGUUUCAUAUUGUAAUCAUUAUAUUAAAAAUCAUUUAUUUAAUCAAAUUCAAAAUUAUUGUUAUAAAAAUGAGAGAAUUUGUAUGUAAUAUUUGUGAGAAAACUUACGAACAUAAUCAAUCUUUGAAUCGUCAUUUGCGUUUACAACAUUCAAUUGAGUGUGUGAAAUGUAAUCAGAAUUUUAGUACUUAUCCAGAGCUUUUAAAGCAUAUGAAGUCAAUGGACCACAAUGAAAAAAAAGAGGAAAAAACGGUAUACUGUGAAAAUUGCAAUUUAGCUAUUCCAAAAAAUCAGUGGAAGAAUCAUAUCAGCACUAACACACACAUCGAUAAGUGUGUAAAAUGGUUAGAUAAGGAUGUGUCUUGCUUUGGAUCUAGCUUUCAAAAUCGAAUAGAAAGUUAUAAAAUAAAAAAUAGUGAGAUCAAUAACUUGAUACCCGAAAACUUUUUCAAAUCAAUUCAAGAAAAAGUAAUCAAUAUAAUUCAAAAGGCGUUGCAAAAGCAUGAAUCUAUUAAAUAUAAUUGUACACUACAUUGUAAUUAUAUUUUGAUGAAAGAGAAAGCGGAAGAUGAAAUUAGUUUAUUUACACAUCACACAAAAAUGUUGGUACUAUCUCCCUCAAGUACACUGGAAGAAAUUUUAAAUCAUUAUAUUGAAAAUUGUAAUGAAAUAAUUAAAAAAAUGAGUGAAUUCCAAGAACGAGAUAGUGGAUGGACUUUAAUCGAAAUAAAACAUCUAGAGAUCAACAUCAACAAAUAUACAUGUUUGAGAGGAUCUCAAUACAUAAAUCUUCCUCCCAAAAUAAGGAAUAAAAAGGCUUGCAUCAAUGUGCAAAACAAUGAUGUCUAUUGUUUUAAAUGGGCAAUAAUAUCAGCAUUAAAUCCACUUCCAAAGGAAAAGAAACCACAUAAAUGUAGCAACUACAAAGUAACGGACAUUAAGGCACACAUUAUAACAUUGGAAAAUAAUAUAAUAUUAAAUUUUGAAAACAUGGAAUUUCCCCUUACCAUAAAUAAAAUCAGAGUCUUUGAGUUGCAGAAUCCUGAUAUAAGUAUAAAUGUGUUCGGUUUAGAGGAUGCUAAGAUUAUAGGUCCUUACUAUUUUACAGAAGCUGAGAAAUCAACUCACAUCAAUCUUCUCCUAAUAGAAGAGGAUGAUAAAUUUCAUUACAUCUGGAUAAAAAAUAUAUCAAGAUUGUUGCGAAGUUCUAUAACAAAGAAUAAAAAUAGGAUUCAUUUUUGUAACACCUGCUUAACUCAUGUUUCUUCAAGUAGUAGACUAGAGAAACACAAACGUGAGUGUAAAAAGAUGGUGACAACAAUGCCAUCAGAUAAAGAUAAAAUACUUAAAUUUAAGAAUUUUAAACAUAAAUUAGAUAUUCCAUUCUCAAUUUAUUGAGGAUGACUAUACACACGCUAAAAAUGUAUGGAAUACAUUUAAAUGUAACAAUUUAAAAGAUUACUUAUUACUUUAUUUGAAAGUUGAUGUUUUGUUAUUAUGCGAUGUGUUUGAAAAUUUUAGAAAAGUAUGUAAAAAAAUUUAUAAUUUAGAUCCAUGUCAAUAUUAUACAGCACCUGGUUUGUCUUGGAGUGCAAUGUUAAAAACAACUGGAAUAGAACUAGAAUUAUUAACUGACUUUGAAAAGUAUAAUUUUAUUGUUGAGGGUAUUAGAGGAGGGAUUGUUCAAUGUUCUAAACGAUUUUCAGUUGCAAAUAAUAUAUAUGUAAGUGA